CAGGAUUUGCGCGUGCGCCCAGCCAUCUUUACUGGGUGAACGAAAUUGGACACACUCGGAGACGACACAGUCUGUCCAACUCCAGCGGGAAUCAUGGGAACUGUGUUCCUGCCCCAGAGCACAGCUCACUCGGUGCUGACGAGGUUGCGUCGGGCCAACUACUUCCUGGAGGAAGUGAAGCAGGGCAGCAUCCAGAGGGAGUGCCGCGAGGAGAUCUGCACCUACGAGGAGGCGCGCGAGGCCUUCGAGAACGACGAGAAGACGAGGCGUUUCUGGGAGGAGUAUGUGCGUGAGCAGAGCCCCAACAGCGGCCUGGAGUCGAUGGUGGGGGGCGCCCAGCUGCUCUACCUGAUCCUGCCCCUGCUGCUGGUGCUGGUGCUCAUCCUGGCCGUCACCAUCACUGUCUGGAAGUGCCAUGCGCGCAAGCGCUCGCCGCGGAGCCCGCUGUCCGUCUCGCACCACCACCACCACAGGGACCCCACGCUGUCCGUGGUGUCCAUGGACCAGUGGGGGGACAUGAGCCCCCGUUCGGAGCUGAGCGCCCGCAGCAGCCUGGGCUUCCGCAGCGGUGACGGGGCCUCGUCGGGAGGACGCACCACCAGCGCCGGAGACCCGCCGCCGUCGUACGACGAGGCAGUGGGCCACGCUGACGUGCACAUCGAGACGGAGCCGCCGCCGCAAUACGACGACAUCGUCACCAACAGCUCUGAUAACACCAUCAUUGGACAUCAGGGGAAGUAACGGCGGCGACUGACGAAUGCACAUGAUAUGUGUUCUAUGUGUGUGUCAUAACCAGAGCUUUCAUCACCAGCCAUCUUCUACUCCCUCUCGACUCCCCACUUCCCUGCCAUUACAAGCUCAUUCAUUCCCUUCCAUAACCAUCUUUACCAAAACCUUUACCACGCCAGGAGACAACUGAAGGGAACAUUACAGGCUUUAAAUGUGGGGGGCGGAAAUCAUGAAAUAGUCGGUUAAGAUUCAAAUUAGAAAAAGUAGCCUCAUAAUGCACACCAUUCCAGCAGUGGAAUGUCGCUACCAUAGUAUUGCACCACUGUGGUGUUACACAGUCUUCAGCAGUCUUUAGCAAUACAUUUCGCAAUACACGGUCUCAAUACAGUACAUUAUGACUUGGUCAUUCUUGGUAACAGCACAUUUAUAACUGGGGCCUUGUCGUGGUCUCAUGAUGCGCACUGAUCCGCCAGUGGAAUGCUGUUACUAGUCAUUGAAAAGACUUAACUACCAUAGUACCACACUACACUACUAUAACAUUAUAUAGAGUCUUUAUUAAUACAUAACGACUUGGCCAUCUUGGUAACAGCAUAUUUAUCACAUGGGCCUUGUCGAAACUGCAUAAUGUGUAGCGUUCCACCAGUGCAAUAGUGGUUGCAAAGACUUAAAUACCACAGUCUCUCACUACUGCAUUAAUAAUACAUUAUGACUUGGUCAUUGCAAUUCUGUUAACAGCACAUUUGUAACAGGGACCUUGUCUUCAAUUAAUGGUGCAUCCUGGGAAGGUGGCGCUCAAGAAAGCAAGUGUGCACACAUAAGAAGCAAGUUGGUGCCUGGGCCUCACAGAGAUUAGGGAACGGGAGGUGGUGGUGGUGGUGGUGGGGUGGGGUAGUUGGCAUGUAAAGGAAAUCCUGAGGGGCGGUGCAAGUCCUGUCAACACUAAGAGUUGUUCGGUUAGCCGUAAAUGUAAACAAGUUGUCUCCAAGCGUGUACUGUUGCCAUAAAGUGUCACACAGCCAUUUAUGAAUGAGCCCAGUUGUACUCUAGUAGCCUCUCAAACCCAGCCAAGGAGGGGGAAAAUCCAGUCAAGGAAAUGUACCGCACUACUACCAAUGCAGUUUGGUCAUCCUGCGCCUGACUUGGAUUUCUUUUCAUUAUUAUUAUUAUUAUUAUUAUUGUGGCUAUGACUGAUUUUGAGAUGGUGCUCUGAGGGAGGACGUGAGUAAAGGCUAACCUCUGUUACACUAAUUACUGAAGCACUAACAAAUGCAGAUGUUGCCACUGCAGUGUGCCCUUGUGACAGGGGUGAAUCUAACCAAGGACGUUAGUGAUGACACUGAUCUAGUCACUUUUUUUUUACCUGUGUGUGUGUGUGUGCGUGCGUGUGUG